AUGGUAACAAUAACUACAACAGAUGUUGGAGGAUCUCAAGAGAGAGUUCUGCACCACCCAGUAACAGCGGCUACAUCCUCAGCUCCUCUUGUUUCCAGAGGUCGACCGUGUUUGACUCCACAAGCAUCCAAAGACGACCCCGUGACUGCAACAACGAUCACAGUUCACUUCGAAGCACCACCUUCCCCAAAUCCCUCGACUUCUAGCCAAAGUCCUCAAGCACAGUUUGAGUUCCCAAGUAUCCCGCCUUCAUCUAAUUUCUCAAAUCACCUGAGUGUCAAGCAGGAGUACUCGCCAGCUGCCACGUUGUCCCCACUUCAGCAGCAACAGCUGAAUCCACAUGCAUCUUAUUCCAGUCCAGUUUUGUACAACCCCAACACAGACCAACGUUCAACUGUAUCUGCCUCCAGUACCAGCGCAGCUUCACCGAUUACCACACCAAGCUGUGAGAUCUCCUUUCAGCACAGGGGUGUACUACGAGUGUUGGAAACAUGGUCAAAAAUAUGUCAAAUCGAUCUAGAAGGGAAUUCUUUGAUUGCCCUGGAAACUCGGGAGUUUCUAAAACGUCUUUCAGCAAUGGGUCAUGAAUAUAAGGCUUGGUGCCAGAGAUUUGGCUCAACCUUAAGACUAGAGGAAUGCAUCAUGGCUGACAAAGCUACUGAAGCCAAGGAGGAUAAUGCAUCUAUUCACCUACAGUACAAAAAG